AUUUUUACAGCUUACAAUAAAUUGUAAAAAUGUGGUCAAACAGGUCUACCCUGUUAACAUUUUGUGUCCUAUGCAUUGUGAUGAUCAAUGGCGAUCCAGUAGAGUCUAUGUCCAAAACCCCCGAACUUCCUAUUGGAGCUUAUGAGCCAGGGUGUAUAUGUGGUGCGGUGGGUCGUCACUGCGGAUCACGCGUGGCUACCGGGCAAUUACAGGGCACUUGUAGGGACGUACUAUACGAGUGCUUGGAGAUUGACAUGGGUUAUGAAGCAAGGUAUAUCGGCGACUGCACGUGGUGCGAGAAGAAAGAUGUCGGAAACGAUCAAUGUGCGUGCAUGUUGAAUGGCUCAGCGACUGGCAAACACUGCGCUUCCAGAUAUGGCACGUACCUGUUGGGCCAUUGUAGGCCAAACGGCUAUUACAAUUGCGACUUCAAAAAUGGACCUUGUUACCACGUAAAGGACUGUCCUCAAUAUGCAUGUUAUACUGACAACGGGGUUGGCAGAGAU